AUGGUCGUCUUCAGCAAAGUCACCACUGCGGCCCUCGGCCUUGCGUCUGUGGCCUCAGCGCUGCCCCAUGCCCAGCCUCGCAAGGGCUUCACGGUCAACCAGUUGACCCGGCAGACUGCCAACCCCAAAACCCUCAACCUGCCUGCCCAGUAUGCCAAGUUCCUGGCCAAGUAUGGUGCCACCGUGCCCCAGAGCCUCAAGGAUGCUGCGUCCAAGGGCACUGCCGUGACGAAGCCUGAGGAAUACGACUCGGAGUACCUGACGCCCGUGGAUGUUGGCGGCACCACCCUGAACCUGGACUUUGACACCGGUUCUGCCGACCUCUGGGUCUUCUCAUCCGAACUUUCCACCUCCGAACAGUCCGGCCACAGCGUCUACAAACCUUCCUCUAACGCCACCAAGCUGAAAGGCUCCACGUGGGACAUCUCCUACGGCGACGGCAGCUCCGCCAGCGGCGACGUCUACAAAGACACCGUGACGGUGGGCGGCGUGACCGCCAAAUCGCAGGCCGUCGAAGCCGCCAGCACGAUUAGCGAGCAGUUCACCCAGGACAAGAACAACGAUGGCCUGCUGGGUCUGGCUUUCAGCUCGAUUAACACCGUCGAGCCCAAGGCGCAGACCACCUUCUUCGACACCGUCAAGUCGCAGCUCGACUCGCCCCUCUUCGCCGUCGCCUUGAAGUACCACGCCCCGGGUUCUUACGACUUCGGCUUCAUCGACGACAGCAAGUAUACCGGCGAGAUCACCUACGCUGAUGUCGACACCUCCCAGGGUUUCUGGCAGUUCACAGCCGACGGAUAUGCCGUCGGUGACGGCGCGACCAAGUCCGACUCCAUCAGCGCUAUUGCUGACACCGGAACAACCCUGAUCCUUAUCGACGACUCCAUCGUCUCCGCAUACUACAAGCAAGUCACCGGCGCGAAGAACGACUACUCCGCCGGCGGCUACGUCUUCCCCUGCUCGACCGACCUACCCACCUUCACCGUCGUGAUCGGCGACUACAAGGCCGUCAUCCCCGGUAAGCACAUCAACUACGCGCCGGUGACUGAGGGCGGGUCGAGCUGCUUCGGUGGCAUUCAGAGUAACUCUGGCCUUGGGUUCUCGAUUCUCGGCGACGUGUUCUUGAAGAGUCAGUAUGCGGUGUUUGAUUCGGAGGGGCCGAGAAUUGGGUUUGCGAAGCAGGCUUAA